AUGCGGGCAGCAGCUCAGCUUUUCCCCCUCCUCUCUCUGGUUGGGCAAGUUCUUGGGGAGAGUUUCGAUGCCAAUAUCAACUAUGGCAGCCCGUCCCGAAGGCACGCCGGCCUCGGACUCGACGUCCCUCUAAUUGAGCGGCGAUUCGUGAAGAGAGAUGAUAGGACGUACGACCCUAAAGAGCUGAAUUUCACCCACGGUGUUGCAUCUGGGGACCCAUAUCCGAACAGUGUUAUUCUGUGGACCCGCAUCGCGCCCUCUCUAAAAUCAGAUGAGAGCAAUGUGGUUGUCAGCGGCACCGCGCCACUCUAUAACCAUGAUACCGAGCCAUAUAUCAAGGCAUCCAAGAACCCCAUCUGCGUUGAGUACAAGGUAUACUCGGAUAAGGAGGCCAGAAGGGUUGUCGACAAGGGCAAGGCAUAUACCACCAGUGAUAUUGACUAUACGCUCAAAGUUGAAGCGAAAAAUCUGAGGCCAUUCACAAAAUAUUGGUAUCAAUUCAAUGUCUGCGGCACAGAUAUCAAGAGUCCUCUUGGCCGAACGAAGACAAGCCCGAACGAAAACGACAGUGGCAAGGACAUCAAGCUAGCCGUCUUUUCAUGCUCCAAUUACCCGAAUGGAUACUUCAACGCCUACGGUAACGUAGCAAGGAAGGAUAACGUUGACUAUGUUGUCCAUCUCGGAGAUUACAUCUAUGAGACCAAAAAGGGUAAGUUGGGGACAGAUGAACGAGCGACGGAUCCGCCAAACGCCAUCUUCACCUUGUACGAUUAUAGGACACGACAUGGACAGUAUCGUUCGGAUCUCGACCUUCGAGCCACACACGAACAGUUCCCUUGGAUCCCGGUAUGGGAUGAUCAUGAGAUUGCAAACAACGGUUACAGGGAUGGCAUGUCUGCGCUCAACAACACGGAAGAAUCAUUCCUCAAUCAUGGUGGUAUCUCCGUUGACCAGCGCAAGAUGAACGCCGUGAGAGCGUACUUUGAGUGGAUGCCCAUUCGACAAGUGGAUAUGGAUGACAAUCUCCGUAUUUGGAGGUCCUUCCAGCUUGGGAAAACUAUGGAUCUGAUCAUGUUGGACACCCGUAACUAUGAUCGCAGCAUUACGGACCUUGGCUGGAAUGCCGACUACAUUGACCUCAUCGGAAAUGAUGCCGCACGCACGCUGAUGGGCUCUCACCAAGAGAAUUGGUUCUAUAAUCAGUUGUCCAAGUCCCAGAAGCGAGGAGCGACGUGGCGAGUGAUUGGGAACCAGCUCGUUUUCUCUCGAGGUGCCCGCGUGGUCGACGGAAAGCUUACAAUGGCCGGAGACAAUUGGAAUGGAUACCUUUCCAACCGAAAUCGGACUUUCAAGCAUUGGUAUGACAAUGAUAUUGGCAACAAUAUCAUGCUGGCAGGCGAUUCUCACAAGAACUGGGUCAGCGACCUCGUUUGGCUUGAUGAGCAUCCAUAUGACCCGGCCACCGGCGAAGGGUCAGUUGGCGUCGAGUUCGCAGGAACGGCGGUGUCCAGCACCGGGUAUGGCGGCACCCUCGCUACUGCUGACGAAACGGCCGAAAGUUGGGUGACGCAGAACGCCGAGAUGCAUUGGAUUGAGGGAUACUAUCGCGGAUACUUUGAGCUCCAUGUCUCGCCCAAAGAGGCGGUGGCGAGGUACUAUGGAUGCCCAACGGUUGCUACUCGAAAUGCGUGGGAGAUUCCGCUGGCCAACUUCACCGUCAAAGCGGGCGCUAACCGCUUGAGCCGUCCCCUGGCUGGCGGUAACGUUGAAGCGGGUUAUUUGUCGGAUGGGACGAUUACCCACACCAAUUUGACCCUCAACACCGAGACUGGCGAGUGGAAGGAGAUCGGGUUUGAGCAGAUGUUCAUUCAAUACUAAGAUACAGUUCUCCACAUCAAUGACUAGUCCGGGUCAUUUAUAGCAAGGGUCGACUCUCACCCUCUCUAACCAAAUUCAAGCAUAUUCCGAGUAUUCCGCUGUCCAAAUAUUCUUUCAGGACAGGUGUCCAUUGUGCGUGUAUUUAAAGAUAAUCCGGAGAUGCCCCCCUCGUCGCUUCACUGAGAUGAUCACUCUCCUACUGUCCGAGAAAUGGUAUUCCAUACGAUCCGUGUUGA